UUUAUUGAGAAAACGGUACGGUUACUUCUGCAGUGGGUAUGUGAAUCGGAGAAACGUAACUGCGCGGACGCUAAUGAAGUAGAUCUAGUUCAACGAGUGGAUCUAAUUGCAGAUAACAACGAUAGGGGGCACAGCAAAACGAUUUCAAUUAUGGAUUCUGUAACAUUAGGGGAUAAUGAAGUUAAUAAUGAGAAUACAAGCAAACUGACCUGCGGAGUCGCACAUGUUGGUAACAAAUAUGGGCCUGAUUUUGUAUUCGCGAUUAAAAACAACUCAAAAAUCAUUAGCGCAUCGCAGGACGCUAUGAAUCUAGAUGUGGAUACGGGGAAAAAUCAAAGUCAACCGAAGCGAUCGAACACUAUGGAUAGACUUAACCAAAACGUGGUCGAGCCUGUCGUCACUUCCUGUGUAAGCGUUGACGGCACUGGUGAAAAUAGUUGCAGAUUAACUGAGGAAAGUAUUCAUGUUGACAGUGAAAACAAUUAUGAGAAACAAAGUUUGGAACUUCAAUCACACUCGAUGGUAGAAUUAGGCGAGUUUGCGGGGACGUCAUUUACUAGCAAAGCUCAAUUGACGUUUGAUCAGUGUAACGUGACGUCGUCUCCAAUAAUGACGUUGCUCCCACGCGUCACAGAUAUCGCACAUUUGGAACCAAAGAACGUUGAUGGAGAUACGGGUGAUUUUCUGAUGGUUAAAUGUGACAGAGAAGACGAGAUGGCAAGUAAGAUAUGUGACAAUAAUGAAGCUGUUGUGAAACUCGAUAAAGAACGUGAAAAGGAUAAUACAGAAUCGUUACAACUUGUAAGUGAUUUAACAGUGCUGCAACAAAAGAUUGAAUUUCUGGAGGAAGAAAUUGAUGAUCUGCGACUCAUAAUAAGAAGCAAAGAAGAAAAGAACAUACUACUGGAGGAGGAAGUGACUGAAUUGGAAGCGCAUGCGCAUAGACUGAAGGAUGAGGCCCGCAAAAGGGAACUGGAACUACUUCAAGAGAUGGAUCUUAUCCACGGAAAGAACGAGAUUCUUACCAAUCUUUUGGACAUCGUCAAAGAACGUGCGGAGGCGGCGGAAGACGAGCUCGAACGAGUGUUUACGGAAACUAACGAAACAAGGGCGUCGUCUAUUUCGUCAGACAAAAGUGCUGCCCCGAUCGUUAUCCAUGGUGACAAUAUUUCGGUUGGAAGCGACGAUGUUUUCGACGGAUCUCCGGCUGACAGGUCGCAGCUUACAGCAUUUUGGGAGGAACAAUUCAAGAAACGCAUUCGAUCGUUAGAGACCCUCCUUGCUGAAGAGAGAAACAAAGUCUCCUAUUUGGAGAGCAGACUAAAUCUUGUAGGAAGUGACGUCAUCUCGUCCGCCAUGUCUGAUGACGCAAAACUGCAAGUGCGCGAGAAAGAGCUUCUCCAGUCAGAGCUUCGAGAUAGUCAGAAGCAUGCAACGUUUGCCAAUGAUCAAAUUCGAAGUUUAACGGAGAAGCUAAAAAAGGCGGAGACAGAUAGGCGGGGCUCUCCUAAGGUUCACAGACGCCUUGCGCAUGAGCAAGGCGCCACAACGGACGAGUAUUCGGAAGUGGAGCCUUACUGCAAGACAUGCGCAGAGCUUCAGUCCGUGAAAAAUCAGCUCAGUGAUGAACUCAUCUCCUUCAAAACGAAGGCGGAAGAGCUUGAGGUGAUGAUCGAUGACGUCACGCAGAAAAACGAAAUGUGGGUGAGUAAAUUCAACGCCGCUGAACAAGACAAGCAACUUAUGGAGCAGAAGUUUGGGACCAAGGUCCAAGAGACGAAGAGACUGGAAGAUCAACUCAGCAAGAUUAGAGAAGAGGACCGAAUGAAGGACAUUUUCUUGAAGGAGAGGGACAACAACAUCAAGGAUAAGACAAAUCAAAUUGCACGAAAGGAAGAGCUAAUCCAAGAACAGGAGGAUAUCAUAAGGCAGCGCGAAGAAGACAUGCAAGAACUUUUUGACAAAAUAUCGCAGCGAGAAAGAACGAUAAAGGAGCUUAAAGAAGCGGUCGCAGAAAGAGAGGAACGAAUCAAAGAAAAAGAUGAACAGUUGCAUAAGUUGAGCUCCCAUCUCGAAGAAAAGACCGAAGAGUUGCACUUUCUAGAAGAAGAGGUCCAAGAGGCGGUCCUGAAAAGAAAGGAAAGCGAAUCAACCAUCGCUGAAUUGGAGCUGAAAAUCGAAGAGACACUUAAAAGUGAAAAGAAUGAAAUCGAGACCGAGAAUGAACGCCUCCAGUCUGACGUGGACAACCUGAUGAGUAACCUAUCUGAGCUGCAUCAGGACAAACAAACACUGCAAAAUGAACUGGACAAAGCGAAACAAGCGCUAAGCGAGGCGAUGCUCAUGUGGGAACGUGACCGGUCAUAUUUGGGUACGCAGCUGAACAUAACCAACGAGAAACUGAGGCUGUAUGAAAGCACAGCCGAGAAGAAAGACUCGCACGCCAUCCAGACGCUGCGCAGGGAAGUCCAUGCGAUACUGGAGACACGUGAGAAGCUCGUGCACGAAUUGAAGCUGCAGAAGAUGGAACACGACAACACAGUGAGGAUUUUGAAAACGGAGAAAUUCAAAUUGACGGAGGAACUGACGUCGAAGAUCAGGAUGUUGACCCACGAGAUGACCAACAACGACAAAAUGUCAGAUGAACUCGUUAAACUCCGUGGCCAAGACGAGAUCAACUACCAGCUGCACCACAGUGAGAAGCUCCUCAAGGCCGAGUUGUUGGCCAUGAAAGUGCGCUAUGAGACGCAACUCGACAGGUUACAGAAGGAGCACCUGCAGCUGCUGGAGGUGGUGGAGCGGCUCCAGCGGGAGACGCACUUUGACAAGGAGAUCAUCGUGGGCGUCCAGAAGGGCAUGGCCAACAUCCGGGAUAACUACACGCAAGACCUCUCGCGCUGGAAGGACGAACGCUCAGUUCUCGAGAGUCACAUCACUCAGAUUGAGGAAGGCAAGGAGAUCGCUCAACACCUGCGCGCGCAGAUUGACGCCCUCAGGCGACAGCUGAUGGAUCAGGAUGUGGAGCGCACGGACCUCGUGAAAAAGAUUACCAGCGAGCGCCGGAACUGGGACGUGGAGCGUGCGCAGCUCAACAGCAAGAUCAACCAGCUGGAUGAGCAGCUGUCUGUGUUCAUUCAUGCGCAGUCCCGCAGCAAGGACACGCAGUACCGGAUGGAGAUAGCCUGGGAGAAGGAGCGGGCGGAGCAGAAGCGGCUCCUCACGGAGGCCCACCAGCUGGCUAUGGAUCUGCAGGAGCAGCUUCAACGCCGGGACGAGGAGCAUGCGCGCGAGAGGAGAAACCUGUUAGACCAGCUGGAGAGUCAUCAGACAGAGCUGGAGGACGUGAAGAACAACAGGCAGAGAAUGUCGCUCGAGCUGAGGACCGAGGGCACACGUGUUAAGCACGUGGAGCGUCAGAUGGAGGACAUGCGCGAGAAACACCAGCAGGAGAACGACUUCUGGGUAAAGGAGAAAGGCGACCUCUUGCGGCGUCUGGCGGAAAUGAGAAAACUGCACGUGCGCGACGUGCGUCGAAUCGAUGACGUGUUAGCAGCGCUUAAACGUCUUAGGGAGUUGGCGAGCAUUGUCGUCGAAUCCGACACUUCAGCAACACUUCCUAGUAACGGAAAUGACGUCAGUGGAACGUCAGGGGAUGCAUCAGCGGCGUCAGCGUCAGUUACGUCACACGAGCCUAACGAAAUUAGCGACUUGAAAGAAAACAUCGACCAGGUCAUUUUAAAAUAUGUGAAAGAGUCAUUACGUCAGAUCCACUUUGUGGCGGAGGAGUUAGCGAGACCCACUGCUGACUUCUUGCAUGAGGAGAAACAGAAGAUGCGCAGGAGCCUCUCCAGUUCAGAGAUCGAGCUUCUCAAGGACGAGUUCCUGUUGGGGCCUCAAGGGCCGGGAAUCCCAUUCAGUUAUCACGAGGCUAAACCGGAAGUGAAACUUAAAGAUAGCGGCGAGAGGCGAGAAACGCCAGGCGUUCAACGUCACGUGACACACGAGGGCAGCCACGUAACGUUCCCUAGCAACGGGAUAAUCCCGUCCGACAGCCUCGAGAAUAACGUUAUGGAACAGUCGUCCUUUUACAACGACGACAGGGACACGAAAGUCGAGGUGCACCGAAUUAAACAGACAAGGGACGUAACCCGGGUGGAGACAAAAAUUACCACCCUUCCGAAGCCGCCGCCAAGUUUUAUCAUUCCUCGAUCUCGAAGCACCAGUCCCGCUCCUCAGUCGCGGACAAAACUAGUGAACCCUGUCCUGAAAACGAUGACGCUAGAUACGACUUCGCGUUCCCAUCGUCUUUAUACGCCUUUAACCGAUGUCAACUCGAGGAGCUCCUCUGCCGAUUCCUCCCCCGUCGGAACGUCAAUAACGCCGUCUUUUGUGUCCGCAUCGAACGGGAGUAACGGUCUUUACGGAGCUGGUCCUCUCGAAUCCGGAAGUCUCGACCGACUGUCGCCGCAGACCGCUAGGCGGCGUUUCUUCGAGUCUCAGCCCUCAUCUACCUCCUCGACCACUGUUUCCUGGUCGGAAAGGCGCAAACGGGAGGCCAAUCCAAACAGGAACAGUCGAAGUUCAACGGAACUUUACGCCUCCGAAAGUGUUGAACACAUAAAUGGUGCUAAAGGUCACUUGCGGAACUCGGUUUCUAUGGACGACGGUGUUAUAAACCUUGCUCCCGAGCAGGAGAUAAGUGCGACGGGAAAUGACGUCAUGCCGCGCGUAAGGAGUGUGGAGAACACUUCCGGUUCUAGUAAACAUCACUCAGGAUUACGAGACAUAAUCAGUGCGAUGAAGCGUAAAUUUAAGCCAAAGAUUAAAAGGUCACAAAGUGCGAGGGAAUACGACAAAGGACAGAGACUUAACGUUGUCAAAGAAACGGAAUUCCACGAAACAGAACUUGCAAAGGUAGUCAACCCGGCUCUAGACGAUGCACAUGUGACACAGGAGCAGUUAACUCCCAUUAAAAUACCCGAUAACGAUGAGAAUAGAGAGAAAACUUCCAAAAAAGAUAAAAAGAGUAACUCUUCGCCGUCGAAGAGUUCUAUGGACGCUGACAAGGAAGAGGCAUCGAGCGGACGUUCCACUCUGCAGCGGAUCAAGAAGCGCUUCCGGUCACGUUCGGCCGACCGAGGGACACGUGACCACGUGGAGCCGCACGUGCGACCGAUCCUCGUGGGUCAUUCGAGCGCGACGGCGGAGGAGGACGGCUCGUGGCGUUACAGCGAGACCGGCGUGUGACACGUGUCCAGAUCACGUGAUUAACUCUGGGUCACGUGAUGUGCUACGCGGGUAACGUCGUUUAGCUGUGGGUAGCAUGAUAUACGUGAAUGUCAUGUAAUAAAUUUUGGAAAUGUA